UUGCAAUAAACUUGUAAUCGAUGCGAUAAUAUUAUCUAUAAUGUUCUCGGCGUGCGACGCGCUCAACUACCAGAGUGUGACAAAGGACUCGUAGAGAGAAAUAUGACAAACGCAGCAGGAAAAAAUGAAAUAACGGCACAUUCCUUGUUCGGACCCUCAUUUGCAGGUGUAAUAUGUCAUCAGGCUACUUCUAGCGUAAACGGAAAAUUCAUAUUGCAAACUGCAAUACUUGUGCCACGUUGUAUACAGGAUAAAUAAUGGCGUACAUUAUGUGUGUGAUACAAAUUAUGAUCCCAAUAAUUCUUUCUAUAUGGAUUUAUCUCUGGUUCAUAAAAAAGCAGCUCUCGCAUUACCUGGGUUUAGAUGUACAGUUUUUCCUAAAGCGAUGGUGGGCUCUUUUGUGCAUCUCGAAGGAGAAGAAAGCAGAGAAAAGUAAACUGAAAGUCAGCGACCCGAUGUAUAAUAUAAAGAAGAUUUUGAAACCACGCUCGGAUAAUCCAAAAAUUAUUAUGGACGAGAACAGCUGCGAUAACAUAUCCUUCUAUGGUACUGACCAAAAUGGCAAUUCGCUGUUUGUUAAAAUGGACCACAGAGGAUAUCAUACGGUAGAACUGAUGUUGCAAGUGACCCUAUCGGACGGCCGAGUCUACGUGCUACCCGAUUAUCCCGAUACAGUUACGACGGAGAGUACAGGCCAAAAGUGGUCAGCAUCGGGCCUAAAGAUCGAGUCGUUGGAACCGCGACAACGUUGGAGAAUCACAUACAAUGGCUUCCUCCGAAAUCAAUGCCGAGGUGACAUAUCCGAUAACGACAAUGUGGAACAUAUUCGUCUAAAUUUUGUCUUUGUCGGCAAGCCUCGAGCGUUGGAAUGGCCAGGCGACUGGAGUACUUGUUUGCACGCGGAUGCUUUGGCACGAGACCCAUGGAAGAGUCCUGAUUGGAUGCACAAAAUUAAAUCAAUAGAUUACACCGGUUUCGAUCUAUGGGGAUCCAUUAUCGGGCAGAUAACGUUGAAAGAUUCAAGUCCGAGUGCAUUUUAUUUACGAGGACUUUGCCAGCGACGAUGGGGUAAACGCGAAUCUUAUCAAUUUCAUCGAACUGUCACAUUUUAUGGCGUGACACGACAUGGAGCGAUGUAUUAUCUUGGUGCGAGCAGUACCAAGCAUAGCUUUUCACACAUGCAAUUUGGACAUCUCGAGCAAGUCGGAGGGACAAUAACCGGAAUCGAUUGGACCGACCUGAAACUGAGCGACUUCGAAACAGGGGAUACGGCUCCCACGGGGAGAGAGCAUCACGAGAUUGCAUUUGCAGCGGCUGGAAAGCAAUACAGCUCCGUUAUCGAUUACUCGAGCAAGGCAAUAACUUGUUACAAUGGUCAGCCAUUGUCUACCUGGACUUGUACCACACGUAAUUUGCGUGUACAACUGAACGGCAGCACAGGUUUUGGAUUGAUGAUUACGUGCUACCCGUAUAUCGGCUCGAGGCAAGCAAGCACCAAACUUGGAAAUGCAAAAAUUCAACAUAUCACGCGACCCGAUACGUUUGCCCAAAAAGAUAAAUACAUUCUACACUUUGCUGACAAACAGUGUCAAAAUGAAGGCGUCGUCGGAGGAAAGGGAUAUUCUCUCGCGACUCUGACGUCUAUUGUCACCGAUGAGUUUGCGGUACCGAGAGGCUUCUGCGUAACGAGCCUCGCCCUGGAACGACAAUUGCAACAUCACGAACAUCUGCAAAACUUGAUCACCGACGUUAUAGAUAUUAGCCGUUGCAAGGAGAAGGAGGGUCUCGAAAGCUGCUGCCAAAGGGCGGUGUCUAUUAUUCAGAGUACCCCUGUCGAAGAGGAAAUUGCAAAAGCGAUAUUACAGAGUUUGAAGGAAUUAGAUUCGUCUGCGAGUGAAAGAGAUACGCAUGUCCGACGUUACGCCGUAAGAUCGAGCGCGAUUGGAGAAGACAGCGAGGAGACUUCAGCUGCUGGUCAAAACUCGACCUAUUUAGGUGUAAAGGAUGCGAAUGACGUUAUUAGAUGCGUCGCUAAAUGCUGGGCAAGCCUGUUCUCGUAUCAAAGCGUCGCGUACAGACGGCAGAGUGGACUACCGAUUAAAGCAACGAUGGGUGUUUGCAUUCAGAGAAUGGUCGACGCAGAAGCGGCUGGCGUAAUGUUCACUAGACACCCCACGACCGGAGAUCCGUCCAGCAUUGUCAUUACGGCCAAUUACGGUUUAGGAGAGUCGGUAGUGUCAGGAAAAGUCGAGCCUGAUACUUUGACGAUUCGUAGAAAGUGGGACAACACCUUGAGCGUAGAUGCGUGCGUGGUGGGAAAUAAGGGGCAAAAGAUCUCGCUCGGCGACGAUGGAGUAACUACGAGCGCUCUAGGUGAACGGGAGACCAAGAGAAUUUCGAUAUCCGAUACAAUCGCUCUGCGAUUAGCUAAAAUAGGGUUGGAUUUGGAAUCGCUCUUUGGGUCUGCUCGAGAUGUGGAAUGGGCGGUAAUCGGCGAGCGGAUCUAUCUGUUGCAAGCACGGCCUAUCACAACCCUGAGCGCAUGGACCGAUUUCGAGAUAAUGCACGAGUUAGACUCGGGAGUACCUUGUGACGUCGAUUUUAUGUCCUUUGCCAACGUCGGGGAGGUGCUGCCAUAUCCCAUUACUCCUCUGUCGAGCUCCACGGUGAUGAAAGUGUUGAAUCUGUCGCUUGCUGCGAAAUUUAACAAGUUGGAUUGUAAUUACCUUCAUAUGGUCGGUAUGAGGUGCGCGAUAAAUUACUUGGAUGCAGCCUUACAAAAUGUUAGUAAGGAGAUAACAAUGGCGAACAAAAUGCUAGAUCUAGCCAUAUGUGGACGUGUAGUAACGACACCCAAAAUGCACAAGACAGCGAUAGAAAAGUAUGGUAUCAUGAGCAAAUGGCAGAGCAUAUACAUGUUAUACGAAACGUUCAAAUUUGCCUGGAUAAAUGACGCAACGGUGAAAAGAACACUCGAUAUAUUUAACAAAUAUGUUCUGAACGCUAACGAAUUUGACACACCUCACGAUUUGUACAACAGCUUAAAUAACAAGUAUGGGGAGAUCUUCCUAUUAGGAAGAGGCCACAACAUGGCGUCCCUGGUGAGCGUAUCCUACCAGAUGAUGGCAAUGUCGCUUUUAACAAGCGGAAACGAGGAGUUUACGUCCCAUCAUCUUGCGGACAUUGCCGUCCUGCUGAGUUCGUGCGUCAACGUUAUCAGUACCGAAGUGCCGAUAGCCCUCGGCAAAAUAGCGCUAUGCAUAAAAAAGAACGGCAAAGCUGAUGAGUUUGGUAGAGUCGAGACCGCGAAUGCUAUGGACUGGUUGAAAUUAAAUUGUCCUCCAGCCAUGGAAAAACUACAAGCUUUUCUCGACACGCACGGUCACAGAUGUGUUCAGGAAUUAGAUUUCUUCAUGGAGCCUUGGGUGCUUAAACCCGAUAGUAUCAUCAAUACGAUUCAGGCACUAGCAACGUCCAUCGAAGGGAAUUACGUGAGUAAAACGCUAAGCGUGCAGGAAACCAUAGCAUCUUUGAAGACGCCCAUAUCAUCGUUUUUGAAGCUGCUUCUGCGAAAAGUAAUACCCUUGUGUCGUAAGGCUGUCACAUUGAGAGAAAUGACAAAGAACGUAACUAUAUCUGCUGUGCAUACACUGAGAUUAGCCUACAGACGACUUGGUGCUUUGAUGGUUGCGGAGAGUUACAUACCUGAUGAACAACUCAUAUUUUUCCUGACGCAUCCAGAGAUCGGGCAACUCUUGAAGAAUCAUAAUCCGACACUCGUACGAAAAGCACUACGUAGAAGAAGGAUUUAUCAGCAAUUGGGAAAACUCGAGUAUCCGGAAUUCAGUAUCGGCAUGCCCGUGCCAAUACAGAAGACUCUCGACGUCUCGCCCAAAGGCAGAUGUACGAAGAUAAAGAUCGAAGGUACUUCAGUUUGCGGCGGUUCUGUGAAAGGCAGAGCGUGUGUGAUAACCGACUUGUCCGAAGCGAAAACUAUACAGCAUGGAGAUAUUUUGAUAACAUAUUGCACCGAUAUUGGUUGGAGUCCAUAUUUCCCGUUAUUAGGUGGAAUUGUAACGGAGUUGGGUGGCCUUAUAAGUCAUGGCGCCGUUGUAGCGAGAGAAUACGGUCUACCUUGCAUCGUUAAUGCUAAAGGCGCUAGUCAAGCUUUUCGAACGGGUGACAAAGUGUUGCUAGCCGCAGACAUUGGCACAUUAGAAUUGCUGUAAAAGCUCAACUACUCAACUCGAUAAAGGCGAUGGAGACAGAUUUCGUUAUUGCAUUGUAAUUGCAAAUGAUUUUUAUAAAAAGGCGAGAAAAUAAAACAUAUUAGCGAAUGAAA